AUGGAGCAAAGUCGACUACCGUUAUACGUUUCUCUCAUUUUAAGUGGACUCACAGUUUUAUUUACAAUUAUCAGUUUAUCAACAGCAUCAUGGGGUAUAUUACGACAUGAGGGGGUUGAAGUUGGGAGUACCGGUUUAUUUCGAUCUUGUCUAACACUAGCUGGUAUCAAUAUUUGUGGAUCACAUUCAAUAUUGAAUCCACCCGCUGGCCUCAUCAUAGUCGGAUUUUUAUUAGUUUGUUUAGCACUUACCAUUAUUGGCAUUAUUUUAUGUCGUGGCAACAUAUUUGCUUGCAAUCUGUUACUCAUGCCUACAUUCUUCUUUGCUACAUUAUUUCUUCUUUGUGGUUUAGUGACAUCAUGGAAGGCAGUUUUAUUGGCGGCCGAAACACAAGAUAAACUUGAGACAGUUAUUGUUCCUGGUUCAAGUUACAAUUUGAUGGUAACGUCAACAGUUUUUCUGUUUAUUGUAACUGUUAUAGCGGCAUACUCUUAUGGUGCACACUCUAGUACAAGCAAUGCCGGCAGUGCACCAAUUAGUAAUCCUAGUGUGACUACUUAG